AUGACGGGCAAAGCGGGAGACGCGCUCACCCACAGCCUACCCAGCAAACCCAAACCCGACAGCGCGGCCAGUGCGCCUGGGGCCGGGGCCGCCGCUGGGGCCAAGCCCAGCUCCGGGCCCACCCCGCCCAGGUGCACCGGCUUCGGCAUCCAGGAGAUCUUGGGCUUGAACAAGGAGCCGCCCUCUCACCCCCGGGCUGCCCUGGACUCCCUGCCCGCCGGGCACCUGCUGGCGGCCCGCUCUGUGCUCAGCCCCGCCGGGGUAGGUGGCGUGAGCAUGGGGCUCCUGGGGGCGGGCAGCAUCCCCAGCUUCUACACCCAGCCCACCUUCCUGGAGGUGCUGUCCGACCCCCAGAGCGUCCACCUGCAGCCCCUGGCCCGGGCUCCCGGACCGCUGGACACCAGCCAGACGGCCAGCUCAGACUCCGAGGAUGUUUCCUCCAGCGACAGGAAAAUGUCCAAAUCCUCCUUAAACCAGAGCAAGAAACGGAAGAAGAGACGGCACAGGACAAUCUUCACAUCCUACCAACUGGAGGAGCUGGAAAAGGCCUUCAAUGAGGCCCACUAUCCUGAUGUCUAUGCCAGAGAGAUGCUGGCCAUGAAAACAGAACUGCCUGAAGACAGGAUACAGGUUUGGUUCCAGAAUCGUCGGGCCAAGUGGCGGAAGCGGGAGAAGUGCUGGGGCAGGAGCAGCGUGAUGGCAGAAUAUGGGCUGUAUGGCGCAAUGGUACGUCACUCAAUCCCGCUGCCAGAGUCUAUCCUCAAAUCUGCCAAGGAUGGCAUCAUGGAGUCCUGCGCCCCUUGGCUCCUGGGGAUGCACAAAAAGUCUCUGGAGGCAGCAGCUGAGGUGGGAAGGAAGCCGGAGGUGGAACGCCAGGCCCUGCCCAAGCUCGACAAGAGCAACAAGGAAGAGAGGGGCCCGGAUCCCAAAACCACCAUUUCCCAGGAGGAACUGAGAGAGAACAGCAUUGCUGCCCUCAGGGCCAAAGCUCAGGAGCAUAGCACCAAAGUCCUGGGGACCGUCCCUGGGGACCCCCCCACCCCAGCCAGGAAGCCAGAAAAAGAGGAGGAGGCAGCGUCAGAGGAUGAGAGACAAAUGGAGAAAUCAAACUCAUCACAAGAGGAGGAGAAGCAGAUCUAGAGGGAAAGAG